AUGGCUCGGAAAAAACUGCACAAGUCCAACAAAGAACGCCAAGAAGCUGCUAAGGGAUACAGAAAGGUGUAUUAUGAGAGAAACAAAGUCGCCAUCUUGAAAAAGAUGAAAUUAAAGUAUCAUGAUAGUACAUCGAAGCAUCCGCAGCAUCCAAGGUAUCUACGCACAACCCUUCAGAACUCCGAGUCAAACGAUACAGGAGACAGCGGCGAUACAGGAGCCAGCGACCUCACUACUAGAUUAUCUGAACCGCAGAUUAAAUUCCAUAGGCUUGUCAAUGGGUCCACCCAUAAGUUCUUGGAUGACCUGGUGUUGCAGUAUACGGGUAGCACUCGUUCUGAAGACUCACGGCGGCCUAUUCUGGAUGCACUUGAUAUCGCUCAAGAGGCCGAAGAAGCAGUUACAAGAAGUGGAGAUGAUGGCCACUCGUUUACUCAAGGACCUCCUCCAGCCUCGGGGUGCAAGAGCUCUGAGCGAGGCCGAAAUGUACUCCCCGACUAUAUUAUAAAACCAAUAUCCGUCCAACUGUCGAAGCUGCAGUUAGCGAACGUGGCUCCACAACAAGAGGUGGAAAGACUAACGAUUGUACGAGAGGUCACACGUCAAUGUUGGGAGCGAGAAGCCGAUGAGACUAUUAUUGCGGACGUCAAGGCCAGGAUGAAAGCAAAGAAGAAAUCGAGGAAGGCGAAUACUGAUGCAGAUGAUGAAGACGCCGAGGCUCUGGAGGACGAAGAUGAAGAGGAGCAAUCACCAACCACCGAGGAUAUGCUUGAAGCACAGGAAAACUUACCUGCUAUCUUCAACACAAUCCUCACGUACCUCGAGCACCAACUGGGUUUUUCGUUCUUGGUGUUAAUGGGUUGGGCCAGAUCCCUCGAACAACAACAAAAUCUCUGUCGCAUCAAGCCUGACACCAUGCAUGACUCAUUGCAGCCCAUCAACAUGCAUGGCCUCCAGCAACCCAUCAACAUGCAUGGCCUCCAGCAGCCUGAGGCAAUGAUGGUCACUCCUUCGGAUCUCGGUCAACUGCUCAGCAAUCCUCAAUUGUGGACUUUCGCCCCUCCACCAAUCUAUGAUCCGCUUCAAAAUUUCAACAGUUUCAACCAUUUCAACCCAGUCCCUAGCUACCCCUACCCCCAGCCUAUGGGCUAUCCCCAGCCUUCGAACUACCAGCCUUCAAACUUCCCCCAGCCUGCGAGCUACCUCCAGCAAUCCAGUGGCCAUCUGAGCCAUGCUUUACCACCGUCACCACCUGCCACCGACAAUUCUCCUUCGUCUUCUUCAGACGGCUCACCACCACUACGGCCUACCACCGCUGCCACCUGUUCCACACCGUCUGUUUCAGACGGUUUACCACCGCUGCCACCCGUUCCCACUCCGUCUCCUUCGGUCACCUUACCACCACUGCCACCCGUGCCCACAGGCGAUCCUCCCUCGGUUCCAGCAGGCCUUCCUCAGAAGGCAGCAGGUGGUAAAGCUAAACGCGCAGCUUCUACCAGCCAGCCCGAACCCACUACUCGCAAGUCCAGACGUCCACCGAAACCAUCUACUCGCAACGAAACCGCUAAUGCCAUUGGCGCUAAUGCCCUCAGCGAAAUGCGGGAGAAGGAAAAUACGGCCACCGUGGGGGGAAAAAAGGUCCGUAAACACGGACUGGAAGCAGGUGGAGAGCCUAUUGCUAAGUACUGCGUACGCUUCAUCGGAAAUAAUGGCCACUGA